AUGGAUUGUAGAACACCCAGACACCGAACUGCGUGUGAUGCAUGCAAACGAAUGAAGAUCAGAUGCGAAUGGGAUCAGGAAGGAAAAUGCAAUCGCUGCCAUGGACGAGAGAUGGAGUGCACUGUCACGACCAAGGAGCGGAAAAAGAGAGAGAGAAAGAAGGGUAAUCAUAUCUCUAUAUUAGAGGAUAGGCUGAAACGUAUGGAGCAUGCUAUGAAUACUUCAGGGCUCAGUAUGGAUGCCUCUGGCUUUGAAAGACAGACAUCAGAGGAGAUAACCGAUCAAGCCGGGAUGUUUGAAAAGUUCUCUGCACUCACUAUAAGUAACACUGGAAGUGAGAAUUUUAGGGGUGCUGCUUCUGGAUUUUCCAUGCUUUCACCAGAAGGCCUUCAACUCAUCACCAGAAUGAUUGGGAACAGCGAUUUUGCAAAUUUCAUGGCUUCUACAACAAUGAACCAAUACUCCGUAUCCUCAUCAAUAUGGCAUACGAUGCCUGAUGAUGAACACAAACUCCUUCCACCCAGAGAAGUUGCAGAUAAAAUUUUGGAAUUUAUUUUUGACAGAAUGGUGGUCACAUGGCCCCUAUUUGAACGAAAGACUUUCAUGGAAAGGUACUCACGCCAAUAUCCGGUCAAAUGUUCAGAUGACCCUGCUUGUACUUUUGUUGAUUUGCAAUUUGGACCACCUUCUCUCACCGCUGUCCAGGCAAUGACUGGACUGGCAUUCAUUCUAGACACACUGUCAGAUCCAUAUCCAUCUUCGGUUGUAUCUGCAGCAGCGAUUCGACUUGCACAAGCCAUUGGCCUCCAUCGUAACAUGUCCAAUUCCGGCCUUGAUGAGGCUGGAAUAGAGCAAAGACGCAACGUUUUCUGGAUUGCUGUCAUGAUUGAACGUGGCAUAGUCAUUCGUCAAGGUCGCCCAUCAGUGAUUCAUGAUGAAGAUAUUGGGGUUGACUUACCACCUGCAAGUCAAUAUCCGAAGGACGCCGACGGAAGAUUUGUUACAUUUCGUCAUAAUGCUACUUUAUCAUUACUUCAGGGUCGAAUCUACAAUAGACUAUACUCUGCAAAAUCGUUUACGAAAUCCAAAACGGAGAGAUUGAAAAUGGUUGGAAUGCUGGAUGAUGAACUUCAGCAAUGGUGUGAGACGAUUCCAAUUGAAGUUCGACCGGGUAACCCCAUAAAAUGCGGCCAACAUCAUGUGGUCUCAGUUGUUUGUAUGCAAUGGGGUUAUUAUCAGUGUCUUAGCACCAUUCAUAGAGCAUCAUUAUAUAGUGGCCCAGGCUCCUUGGAUGAUGAUGGCGAUAAAUCCCAAAAUGACUUCGAUUCUAAAUUGAAUCCACGAGUAUAUGCCAGCGCUGCGAUAUGUGUCAAUGCAGCAAGGAGAACGAUUAACUUAUUGGAGGAUUGUACAAAACUAUCAAAUCUCAUAGAAGGAAAUGUUUUACGCAUGUCUAUUUACAAUGCACUUGCAGCAUGUGUUACCCUUUUUGCCAAUAUUCUUCAACAUCCUCUUGAUCCACAAGUACAGUCUGACCUUCAAUUAAUGAAUGAUGUAGUGUCAUUUCUAUCCAGCUUUGAAGAUCAAGGUGCAGCGGAGAGUCACCCAUCAACACCGAUUUUUCAAGAAAUCAACCGUGUCGCUAUGGAACAUGUUAACAAGGCUCAAAGUAGAGCUCCGAAAAACACUAAGAGAUCACGAGCUACAUCCCGUAAUACUGUGGAACCGAUCACGGAAAGUGAUGACUCGGAUUAUGAAGAUUACAGGACAGAAGAGCUGGAAAGUCGCAAGACGGUCUCCGAGAUGCAUGAUCCACGAUCUUCAUCAUCGCCUGUAAAUUCGGCAAAUAUUCAAGCUUCUCCUUUUUCUCCAGCACAACCACCACCGUCGAAUAUUCCAACGUGCAUACAAUCAUUCGAAUCCAACUCGACGAAUUAUAUACCAGAGCGUAUUCCUACAUCUAUACAACAAAACUACAUUAUACAGCAAGCGGCACAAAUUCCUCAACAAUCUCCUCCUUGUUAUGAAACAAGUCCUCAUGUACAACACAUUACCAAUCUUCCUGACCUCGACCAGCAACAACAACGUAUCAAUUCUUCAGAUUACCAUGGUUCACUUAUAGAUACUCGACUCCAUUCCCAAUCCCAAUCCUACCCUUCACAAGCUUAUACACAUACAUCCCAUCCCGCCACCGGAUACUACUUUUCAUCUUCAGAUCAACAUCAGCAUCAACAUCAACAAAAUAUAAGUUCACACCACUCGGAAACAUAUACAAAUACAUUGAGCAAUCCACAUGCUAGUCCCCAAGAUCUGGUAAGUCAAGACGAAGAAUCUUUGCUUCCGCAAGAUGGGAGUUGGUUUUUUCCAAUGAUUAGUCCGUGGUCUUAUGGAGAUGGAUCGAAUGUUAAUUUGAAUGGGGUUGGUGCGGUGAUGGGGAACGUGGGUGAAAAUGAAGGAGGGGUGUGGAGACAUGGUGAGAAUGGUGGGGAGGGAGGUGGAUUGGGGGGUUGGAGUGGUCAUGGGUGA